CCCUCCCCUUCCAUUGAGCAAGUAUUCAUUAUCAGUUGUUCCAGUACACUUUGUCCUUCUUUCCAAAUCGACAUUUUGACACCUCCGUAUAAGUUUUUGGAUUUGUCUUGGAAUGAGCUGAUCGAGAGACGAACAAUGGAGACAACGUGGGUAGUGAAGUGCUCACAGCGGCGAUGCUGGCAGCAUUGAGGCGAACUCUCCCCCCUCCCUACUACCUCCGCGUGGCAUUCCCUUCGUACGUUGCGCGCUUCGAAAGAAGUCCGAUUGCUCAUUUUCACAGAAGUAGAGCCAAAGCCAGUACCGAGCCAGAAAAACGCGCUCCAGCGUUGGGGUCCGUGUUUGCCGUGGACCUGUUUGGGAUAGGCAUGUGGUCUCUGGGUCUUGGGGCUGUGGGAGCUGCCCUCGCCGGCAUCUUCUUGGUCAACUCCAAUCUGACUCUUCCCAAAGUAGGAAAGGCCACGCCGGAAUAUCUCGCCGAUGCUGACCUGCUCUCCACUGUUGACGAUGGCAAGGUCAUCAAAGCAAAGAGUCUGUGGGAAAAGAACGGCGCCGUCGUCAUGGCCGUGCGGAGGCCCGGAUGAUUUUUGUGCAGAGAGGAGGCUUCCGAGCUGUCCUCUCUGAAGCCCCAGCUGGAAGAGCUCGGGGUCCCUCUGGUGGCCGUGGUGAAGGAGCGCGUCGGCACAGAGAUCCAGGACUUCAGACCGCACUUCGCCGGGGAAAUUUACAUCGACCAAAAGAAACAUUUCUACGGGGCAAAAAUGGGCGCUAUGGGGCUGUUGCGCUUCAGCGUGUUGCAGAACUUCAUGCGGGCCUGGAGGUCCGGCUACCAGGGCAACAUGUUGGGCGAGGGCUUCAUCCUGGGGGGCGUCUUUGUCAUCGGUGCGGGAGAACAGGGGGUCCUACUGGAGCACCGCGAGAAGGAGUUCGGCAACAAAGUGGAAGUGGCGGAUGUUCUCCGAGCCGCCAAGAAAAUUGUACCUCGCAAAUAAGUUUCUAUUAGAGCACCGAAUAUAUAAAAUGGUCGAACUAGAAAGUACUUAUUACAAAUACACUAUGUCCAGCAUGGACAUCUAGACCAGUUUACAGUAGGCAACCUCUAUUGUGAGACAAAAAGCUGUGAAAAAUGUUCAAGUGACUCAAUUGGUGAAAUGAUGACCUUUGUGGGCACUUGAAAAGCUAGACGGGUAUGGAAACACGCUGAUUUUGCAGUUCAAUGAUAUGAACUUCCGAUUGCCACGAGUUUGUCUCCCACGCCGACACUCCGGCUGGCCUCGGUCCGAACUGACAUAUGUGGCGUUAUGCGGUUGUGUGUGUAACAAUGAUGACUUGUCUCUGUACACUCAGCGACGAGAGGAGCAAGUUUGAUGCUCAAACACGCGCAUUCCUCAGACAGCGCCGCAAUCAUUAUUCUGAGGCCUUCUGCAGUGUGGGGGUGUGAGACUAAAACAACUGCAAUAAAUAGACAACUACAGUACAACACUCA